AUGGCUCUGCCGGCCAGUCUGUUGCCCCUGUUCUGCUUGGCAAUCCUGGCACUGUCUGUCCAGAGCUGCGGACCGGGCCGGGGACCGGUUGGCCGGCGGCGUUACGUGCGCAAGCAGCUUGUGCCUCUGCUGUACAAGCAGUUUGUGCCUAGUGUGCCCGAACGGACCCUUGGCGCGAGCGGGCCAGCGGAGGGGAGGAUAGCAAGGGGGUCCGAGCGCUUCCGGGACCUCGUACCCAACUACAACCCCGACAUAAUCUUCAAGGAUGAGGAGAACAGCGGGGCUGACCGCCUGAUGACAGAGCGUUGCAAAGAGCGGGUGAACGCUCUAGCCAUUGCGGUGAUGAACAUGUGGCCCGGAGUGCGCCUACGUGUGACUGAAGGCUGGGAUGAGGACGGCCACCAUGCUCAGGACUCACUCCACUACGAAGGCCGUGCCUUGGACAUCACCACGUCUGACCGUGACCGAAAUAAGUAUGGUUUGCUGGCGCGCCUAGCUGUGGAAGCCGGCUUCGACUGGGUCUACUACGAGUCCCGAAACCACGUACACGUGUCGGUCAAAGCUGAUAACUCGCUGGCGGUCCGAGCUGGAGGCUGCUUUCCGGGAAAUGCCACGGUGCGCCUGCGGAGCGGCGAGCGGAAGGGUCUGAGGGAACUCCAUCGUGGUGACUGGGUGCUGGCCGCGGAUGCAGCGGGCCGUGUAGUUCCCACGCCGGUGCUACUCUUCCUGGACCGGGACCUGCAGCGCCGAGCUUCUUUCGUGGCUGUGGAGACUGAGCGGCCUCCUCGCAAACUGUUGCUCACACCCUGGCAUCUGGUGUUUGCGGCUCGCGGGCCAGCGCCGGCUCCAGGUGACUUUGCCCCGGUGUUCGCGCGCCGGUUACGCGCUGGGGACUCGGUGCUGGCUCCCGGCGGGGGCGCGCUCCCCGGGACGCUGCUGGUUAACGAUGUCCUGGCCUCCUGCUACGCGGUUCUGGAGAGUCAUCAGUGGGCCCACCGCGCCUUUGCUCCUCUGCGCCUGCUGCACGCGCUCGGGGCGCUGCUCCCCGGGGGUGCGGUCCAGCCGACUGGCAUGCAUUGGUACUCUCGAUUACUUUACCGCUUGGCGGAGGAGUUAAUGGGCUGA